CGCAACUGUACCAGAUUGGAUGUAUCAGAUGGACGCGUACCUCUUGCAGCGAUACCCUUCACUACCUGACGACAGUGGCUGGUUCUGUUGAUGCUGUCUGGUGCUCGAUAGCCCUCAAACUGCGGCAGGAAAGGCUUGGUGUGGAGCCCAGUGAAAGAUCGCUGCUCUAGCGGGUUAUAGUGUGUGACAGGCCGGAAAUCUUGCAUUCCUUUGGCGCUAGCCUCGAGGGCUGCGGUUGCGUAAGCUCUGGGAGCAGUGGGGCUGAAGAGAAACGAGGGCUGGAGAGGACCAGGCUUCAUAGAUGCAACAGACGGGCUUGUGAGAAGGUGGUUACGGAAAUACAACACAGUAAACAAAGGCGAGUGCGAGAAUCAUCAGGGAAAACAGAAAAUUACAACAUGACUUCAAUUGAAGAACGGGAUGAGAAAAAAAAGAGGCUAAGGUCCUGAGGAACAAGAGUCAGAACUGUCCGCCAGUAAAAACGAUGCAAGGAUACACAGAUUCUCACACAGUAUCUGACUAAUCUGCUGUGGGCAGCUGGCUUCAUAUAAUUCCAAGCAGGUGGCAGGGCUGCAGAAGGCAAGGGAUUUUUUUCUGUCAGUCUCGCUCUUGUAGUGGAGCUGGUGGAGAAGGUAGGGCUGGCUUUGCCUGUGGCGUACAGCUUGCUGGCCAAGUUCCCCAACCAGUUCUCUGCACUGAGUGGACAUGUCUGUCAGUGAGGCAGGAGGAGACACCCCUAGGUUCUUUUUUGGUUGCGAAGAUGGAGAAGGAGAUGAGCUACUGGAUCCAGGGAAAGUCUAUGACUGUCUUUACGAACACGUGGAGGAGGACGAUGAUGACGAUGAUGAAGAAUAUGAAUCUCCACCAGAAAGGCAGAUUGUGAUUGGAAUCUGUGCCAUGGCAAAAAAAUCAAAAUCCAAACCCAUGAAGGAAAUCCUGGAACGCCUUUGCUUAUUCAAGUACAUCACUGUUGUGAUAUUUGAAGAAGAUGUCAUACUGAAUGAACCUGUAGAAAACUGGCCGCACUGUGACUGUCUUACUUCCUUUCACUCUAAAGGCUUUCCUUUGGACAAAGCAGUGGCGUAUUCAAAACUAAGGAACCCAUUUGUUAUCAAUGAUCUGGACUUGCAGUAUCACAUUCAGGACCGGAGAGAAGUAUACCGUAUUUUAAAGGAGGAGGGAAUCUUGCUUCCACGUUAUGCUGUUCUAAAUCGUGAUCCUGACAAACCUGAAGAGUGCAACUUGGUGGAAGGAGAGGACCAUGUGGAGGUGAAUGGAGAGGUUUUCCAGAAACCAUUUGUGGAGAAGCCAGUGAGUGCCGAAGACCACAACGUAUACAUUUACUACCCAACAUCAGCUGGAGGGGGGAGCCAGAGGCUUUUUCGCAAGAUUGGUAGCAGAAGUAGUGUGUAUUCUCCAGAGAGUAAUGUCAGAAAAACUGGAUCCUACAUAUAUGAAGAGUUCAUGCCCACCGAUGGCACUGACGUAAAGGUUUACACUGUGGGCCCCGACUACGCUCAUGCUGAGGCUCGCAAGUCACCUGCGCUUGAUGGCAAGGUGGAACGAGACAGUGAAGGGAAAGAGGUUAGAUACCCAGUCAUCUUGAAUGCCAGGGAGAAGCUGAUUGCUUGGAAAGUCUGCCUUGCUUUUAAGCAAACUGUUUGUGGCUUUGACUUAUUGCGUGCUAAUGGGCAGUCGUAUGUCUGUGACGUCAAUGGCUUCAGCUUUGUGAAAAACUCCAUGAAGUACUAUGAUGACUGCGCAAAAAUUUUAGGAAAUCUCAUAAUGAGAGAGCUGGCUCCACUUUUUCAAAUCCCUUGGUCAAUCCCACUGGAGGCUGAAGAUAUUCCUAUUGUACCAACGACCUCUGGCACCAUGAUGGAGCUGAGAUGUGUGAUAGCUGUUAUUCGACAUGGAGAUCGGACACCAAAACAGAAGAUGAAAAUGGAAGUCAGACAUCAAAGGUUUUUUGAUCUGUUUGAGAAAUGUGAAGGAUAUAAGACUGGGAAACUAAAACUGAAGAAACCAAAGCAAUUACAGGAAGUUUUGGAUAUUGCAAGGCUGCUUCUUGCAGAACUGGGACAAAACAAUGAUUCAGAAAUUGAAGAAAGCAAAGCCAAACUUGAACAACUGAAAACAGUACUGGAAAUGUAUGGCCAUUUUUCCGGGAUAAAUCGUAAAGUCCAGUUAACUUACCUUCCUCAUGGAUGCCCAAAAACCUCCAGUGAAGAAGAGGAUAACAGACGAGAGGAACCAUCCCUUUUGUUAGUCCUCAAGUGGGGAGGAGAGCUGACCCCUGCUGGCCGAGUCCAGGCUGAGGAGUUGGGGAGAGCUUUUAGGUGCAUGUACCCAGGAGGACAAGGGGAUUAUGCUGGAUUCCCUGGGUGUGGUUUAUUGCGUUUGCACAGUACCUAUCGCCAUGACCUGAAGAUCUAUGCCUCUGAUGAGGGCAGAGUUCAGAUGACUGCUGCUGCCUUUGCCAAGGGUCUGCUAGCCCUUGAGGGGGAGUUGACCCCCAUCUUGGUCCAGAUGGUAAAAAGCGCCAACAUGAACGGAUUGUUGGACAGUGACAGCGACUCUCUGAGCAGCUGCCAGCAGCGUGUUAAAACCCGGCUCCAUGAAUUCUUCCAGAGAGACCGAGACUUCACCACCGAAGAUUAUGAAAAGCUAUCUCCAACUGCAAGCAUUUCUCUUAUCAAGUCAAUGCAGAUGAUUAAAAAUCCUGUAAAGACAUGUGAUAAGGUCUACUCUCAGAUCCAGAGCUUGACAUCGCAGAUAAGGCAGAGGAUGGAGGAUCCAAAAUCAGCAGGUAAAAAUGAAUAUGGUAUAGCGAAUGUGGAGAAGCUGGACAUUGCUAAAGGUUACUGCACUCCUCUGAUCAGGAAGAUCCGCUCAGACCUGCAGAGAACACAGGACGAUGACACUGUAAAUAAACUUCACCCUGUGUAUUCCCGAGGAGUUAUGUCACCAGAGCGGCAUGUUCGGACUAGGUUAUAUUUUACCAGUGAGAGUCACGUUCACUCACUUCUUUCCAUUUUACGUUAUGGGGCCUUAUGUGAUGAGACCAAAGACGAUCAGUGGAAGAGGGCCAUGGAUUAUCUAAAUGUUGUCAGUGAGCUUAAUUACAUGACUCAGAUUGUGAUAAUGCUUUAUGAGGACCCAAACAAGGACCCUUCAUCAGAGGAACGUUUUCAUGUUGAGUUGCACUUCAGUCCUGGAGCAAAGGGUUGUGAAGAAGACAAAAAUCUACCAUCAGGUUUUGGAUACAGACCCGCCUCUCGUGAGAAUGAAGGUUCAAAGAAAAAAUCCCAGACUAAUGACAGUGAUGAGGAGCCCAAUGCAGCUAAAAGGGAUGAACCGGACAGGGCCCCAAUGAUGUUCCGACCAAUGGUCUCAGAUCCCAUCUACAUUCACAGAAAGUCACCCCUACCACGGUCCAAAAAAAUUGGCUCAGUAGAAUUCCAGGAAGAGAGCCCUCUGAGUGUGUCUAGCCCUGAGUGUAUUGGUACCUGGAUGCAUUACACCUGUGGUGUGGGUACUGGGCGUCGAAGACGCAGAUCAGGGGAACAAAUAACUUCUUCCCCUGUCUCCCCCAAAUCACUGGCUUUCACAUCCAGUAUUUUUGGCUCAUGGCAACAGGUCCUGUCUGAGAGCAGUACCCAUGCACGUGUUACCAGACUGCAUGCAGAGCAGAAGCACACUGGAAUGGGCCUGUUUAGCACUAUGGUGCUCGGGGGUUCUUCAAGUGCACCUAAUCUACAGGACUAUGCUCGUACGCACCGUAAAAAGCUGACUUCAUCUGGCUUCUUAGAUGACGCCACACGUGGUUCUGCUGUAAAAAGAUUUUCUAUCUCAUUUGCUCGACACCCAACCAAUGGUUUUGAGUUGUAUUCCAUGGUGCCUUCAAUUUGCCCGCUUGAGACCCUGCACAAUUCCUUAUCACUUAAGCAAGUGGAUGAGUUUUUGUCUUCUGUUGCUGUAUCAUCCAGCGAAACUUUCUUGGAAACACCAACUCCUUCCCCAGCUUCAGCUGUAAGUUACAGUGGAACAACAAACCGUAAAACAUCUCUGAAUACAUUCAGUCCUGCAAAGAUUCUGCCUUCUCCAUUUUCACACUCUGCAAGUAAGAAGGCUGCAGAUAGGACAUCUGUCAUGAGUACUGGGCUCUCCAGCACCGAGCCGAGUGCUGGUCCCUCCUCUCUGACACAGCUUUCAUCUCAUGGAACCCCUGGUAACAAAUUCCUGUUGCAAAAGAAAAGUGGAGAAAAUGAAAUGCCACCUGGACCCUGACCUAUUGAAAAUAAAUAAAUAUCGAAAGCCUUAAUACUUUUACUAUCAUUAAACUAGGCUUGUACACAAGACAUUAAUUUUGCUUUGCAUACGCUUUGAUAAAAAAAAGCAUUUUAUCUGUUUCGGGGGAUUUUGUUUUCCCUGUGUUUUAUGUAUGGUGUAUAUAUUGAUCCUGAAAAUAUAUAGUGCUCACAUUAUGUAUAUUUUUAUUUCUGUUGUCCUGAUAUAAUCACCAAAUUAUUUGAUUUGGUUGUGUGGGCCAACUGGAUAAAGUUAACCUUGAAAAGUUGUGCCACUGUAAGGCAAAUAGUUUUAUUAAAGGGUGAAAAGGUAUGGAGAGGUUUACAAAUUGAUUUCUGUGUACAGUAUAUGUGGCUUAUUAUUUUUUCUUUUGUUUGUAGUCACCAAAAAGUAUUUGUGUUGUAUCUUACAUUUUUAUGUAUUUACAUUUUAUUGUCAGCAUUGUUUAACAUGUUUCUUUAAAUAGACCACAAUGUGUAUUCAUUAUUAAAUCUGGGCAAAUUUGCUCUUUUUAAGUAGUACAAUUACCAAAGAAAACUUGACUAGCCCAGAUAUGUAUAUGUUCGGAAAAAGAGUCUGUUUAUAAAAAUGCCCUUCAGUCCAAAUAGUUUUCAGUUGCGGGUGCUACAAAAAAAGAAAUGGUAUGUUGGUAGUUUAUUAUUCUCUUCAUUUUACAGGAACAUUUAGGUUGUUUUAACUCCCUUCACAAAAAUAAUUUGAAGUAUUCAUGGUUGCUAGUAAUUAACUUAAAGUACUUCACUUGCUGUAAAAGACAAUCUCAGUAGAAAUAUAAUGUAUAUUAGGUGUUAAUGAAUGUAUUAUAAUGUUGCCUGUAUUCAUGUACAUACUAAUUAAGCAAUAAAACUACAGUAUUGUUGGAUCAGAAUGAAACCUGGCUUUUACUGUUUGCACUAAAGUU